ACGCUGGGUUUGCGAGGAUGCUCUGCCCCUUAGCAUUAGCUAACAUUACGUAAAGUGUGUAAACUUAUUGGGUUUUCAAUUAAAACAAGAUACGCCGAUAUGGCUAUAUCACCAGCAGUUACAACGCUCAGUGAAAAUCCAAAUGAAGUCUUCUUAGAUGCUACAAAAUUAUUACUGACAUACGCCGACAACAUUCUAAGGUAUCCAAAUGAGGACAAGUACAGAUCUAUCCGUAUCGGCAAUCCCACAUUUUCCACAAAGCUGCUGCCCAUCAAAGGUGCUGUGGAAUGUCUGUUUGAAAUGGGAUUUGAGGAGGCUGACACCCACCUGGUCUUUCCUAAGUCUGCCUCGGUGGACAAGCUGAAGUUUAUCAGGGAAUGUAUUGCAGCAGAGAGGGAUCGGAGGCUGCAUGGUGCUCAGCCUGCAGCAACCUCAGCACCAGAGACAUUUUCUGCGGUUUCUGGCCAGCAAGAGAACAGUAUGAGUUUCUUUGUGACUCUCCAGUCCAACUUCCAACAUGUGAUGCAAUAUGAAAAUCCAAACCUGCAGCAGAAAGCAAGAAGUGUCAUCCCACACCAGGAACUAUUUUCAGCUGCUCAAAACAAGUUAAGAAAAGCAGAAGAAGAUGACCCAGAAUGUAAACUUGGAACGGAAGACUUUCUGGUACUGGAAUUACUCAGGUGGUUCAAACAGGACUUCUUCACCUGGGUGGACUGUUUAUCCUGCUUCCAAUGUGGUGGUCCUACCCAGCAUGGCAGCUCCCUCAGUCCAAAUGCUGAUGACCUCCGCUGGGGAGCUCAGCGAGUAGAGAACCACUACUGCCAGAGCUGCCGGCUUUCAACAAGAUUCCCAAGUUACUGGAAACCAGGAGGGGACGUUGUGGAGAAUGGUCCAACUGUUUUACCUUGUGCUGCAGAGCUGUUGGCCUUGAGGCCAGACCAUGUGUGGACAGAGAUUUACUCGGUGUCUCAGCAUCGCUGGCUGCAUUGUGACUCAUGUGAGAAUGUGUAUGAUAAACCACUGCUCUAUGAGGUUGGUUGGGGAAAGAAAUUAGCCUACGUUUUUGCUUUCUCAAAGGACCAGAUUGUUGAUGUUACAUGGAGAUAUUCCUGCAGACAUCCAGAGGUUUUAUCAAGAAGAACCAGAGUUCAGGAGGCUUGGCUGUUGCACACCAUUAAUGGGCUCAACACUGCUAGACAGCAGUUGCUGGGUCCAGACAGGAAGAGAGAGCUUACGGAGAGACUGCUUGUCGAGCUGGUUGAGUUCAUUUCCCCCAAAAAAACAAAACCAGGAGAGCUGGGAGGUCGUAACUCGGGUUCUUUGGCUUGGCGGACAGCACGGGGUGAGACCAAAGCACCUAAUACAGAGACAUCCGCACAGGCUUUUGUGUUUGUGCCUACUGAAAAAGAAAAGGAGGAAAGGCUUUUACAUGUGCGCUACAGUACCACCAAGGACCAGUAUUGUCGGGUGUCCAACAGCUCUGAAAUUAUCCCAAGAUGGGAUCAGUGUGUGUGGACGAAGGAGUCAGUCUUCAGAAAGGUGGAGAGUGACUGGCAGAUGGUGUACAUUGCACGGACAGAAGGCUCCUUAGUUGGAAGGAUCAGCUGGAAGUUUGACUUUGUUCCAGCAGCAAUGAAGAUAGAAUCUGUCUCAAUCAUGGCCAGUUGCCAGACAUUUCACUCUGGGAAAGUGUGUUGGUACUUACAGUCCAGCCAGAUCAUUGUUGAGUUUCCUGGAGAUGGGAAGAUGCAGUCCUUCCCCAGUCUGGCCGGGUCCUCAGAGCUUAUCGUUGCAGCCGAACUCAGUGGCGGAGAUGGGGACUCCUCGUGGCAGCAGUCCCAGGUUUUCAGACAGAGUCUGAAAGAACUGGAACAAUCUUCAUUUGAAAUUGAGGCUGCAAAUGGUAAAGGUGAAAUUGGAAAGAUGGAAGGUACUAAAAAAGACAAGGACAGCUCCAAGUUGUCUGUGGAGCGAGUUUACCAGAAGAAGACCCAGCUCGAGCACAUCCUUCUCCGUCCAGACACAUACAUUGUCAAUGCAGCAGACAACAAACAAAGGGACAAGAACAUGGGUGCCAUAAAGAUCACCAUUGACCUUGAGUCUAACACCAUUUCCAUUUGGAACAAUGGUAAAGGAAUUCCUGUGGUGGAACAUAAGGAUGAGAAAAUGUAUGUUCCAGCUCUUAUUUUUGGCCAUCUGCUCACGUCGAGUAACUAUGAUGACGAUGAAAAGAAGGUUACAGGUGGAAGGAAUGGAUAUGGUGCUAAACUCUGCAACAUCUUCAGUACCAAGUUCACAGUAGAAACGGCCUCUAAAGAGUAUAGACACAGUUUCAAACAGACAUGGCAGAAUAACAUGACCAAGGCCUCUGAACCCAAGAUCAAGUUCUUUGAUGGAGAUGACUUCACUUGUGUUACCUUCCAGCCAGACCUAAUGAAGUUUAAGAUGGAGAAACUAGACAGGGACAUUGUGGCGCUUCUUACACGCAGAGCAUACGAUGUUGCUGGCUCCUGCAGGGGAGUUCAUGGGUUCCGCAGCUAUGUAGACUUGUAUGUUAAGGACAAACUUGACGAGACAGGUGUUCCCUUGAAGGUCGUGAAUGAAACUGUGAAUGACCGGUGGGAGGUUUGUCUCACCAUGAGUGAAAAAGGAUUCCAGCAGAUCAGUUUUGUUAACAGCAUUGCCACAACAAAGGGUGGUAGACACAUUGAUUAUGUGGUGGAUCAGAUUGUGGCGAAACUCAUUGAAGUGGUAAAGAAGAAGAACAAGGCAGGAGUAAAUGUGAAACCCUUCCAGGUUAAGAACCACAUUUGGGUUUUUGUUAAUGCCUUGAUUGAGAAUCCAACAUUUGACUCCCAGACCAAGGAGAACAUGACUCUCCAGACCAAGAGCUUUGGGUCCAAGUGCCUUCUGUCGGACAAAUUUGUUAGAGCUGCAACCAACUGUGGGAUUGUGGAAAGUAUUCUCAACUGGGUGAAGUUCAAAGCUCAGACACAGUUGAACAAGAAGUGCUCAUCUGUUAAACACAGCAAGAUCAAAGGCAUCCCGAAGCUAGAUGAUGCCAACGAUGCAGGUGGCAAAUACUCGUCUGAAUGCACACUUAUUCUGACUGAGGGUGACUCGGCUAAGUCUCUGGCUGUCUCUGGUCUGGGAGUCAUUGGUCGAGAUCGCUAUGGAGAUCAAGAUGGCUCCCAUAUCAAAGGUUUGCUCAUCAACUUUUUCCACCACAACUGGCCCUCCUUGUUGAAACACACAUUCCUGGAGCAGUUUAUCACACCUAUUGUAAAAGCAACCAAGAACAAACAAGAGCUGGCCUUUUACAGUCUUCCAGAAUUUGAGGAGUGGAAAAAGCAAACAGAGAAUUUUAAAACCUGGCAUAUAAAGUACUAUAAAGGUUUGGGUACAAGUACAAGCAAAGAGGCAAAGGAUUACUUUGCAGACAUGGAGAGGCACCGAAUCACAUUUAGAUAUAGCGGCGCUGAGGAUGAUGCUGCAAUCACACUGGCCUUCAGUAAGAAAAAGACAGAUGACAGGAAAGAAUGGCUGACUAACUUUAUGGAGGACAGACGUCAGAGGAGGAUGCAUGGUCUGCCAGAGCAAUACCUUUAUGGAACUCAAGCCAAACACCUUUCAUACAAUGAUUUCAUCAACAAAGAGCUGAUUUUGUUCUCCAACUCUGACAAUGAAAGAUCCAUCCCGUCCUUGGUUGAUGGCCUAAAGCCAGGUCAGAGGAAGGUGUUGUUCACCUGCUUUAAGAGGAAUGACAAACGCGAAGUAAAGGUAGCACAACUGGCUGGUUCUGUGGCUGAGAUGUCAGCCUAUCAUCAUGGAGAGCAAGCCCUCAUGAUGACGAUUGUGAAUUUGGCCCAGAACUUUGUGGGUAGCAACAAUGCAAACAUUUUGCAACCUCUUGGUCAGUUUGGUACUCGCAUCAAUGGUGGUAAAGAUGCAGCCAGCCCUCGUUAUAUCUUCACAAUGCUCAGUCCUCUUGCUAAGCUCCUGUUUCCUGCGGUGGACUCCAGCCUCCUCAAGUUUCUCUAUGAUGACAACCAAAAGGUGGAGCCAGAGUGGUAUAUUCCCAUCAUUCCCAUGGUGCUGGUGAAUGGUGCAGAGGGCAUUGGGACUGGCUGGGCAUGCAAGAUCCCAAACUAUGACCCCAGAGAGAUUGUUAACAACAUCAACAGAAUGCUCAACCACCAGGACCCCCUUCCAAUGCUUCCCAGUUACAAAAAUUUUAAAGGAGUGAUUCAUGAGCUGGGUCAGAACCAGUACCUGGUCAGUGGAGAAGUGUCAGUCACAGACAAAAACACCAUUGAGAUCACAGAGCUUCCUGUCCGGACAUGGACACAGGCUUAUAAGGAGUCUGUGCUUGAGCCCAUGCUGCAGGGCAGUGACAAAACACCAGCUCUUAUUAACGAUUAUAAGGAAUACCACACAGAUACCACAGUUAAAUUUGUGGUUCGUAUGUCCGAGGAGAAGUUGGCUCAGGCUGAGGCUGUUGGUCUCCACAAAGUCUUCAAAUUGCAGUCCAGCCUCACAUGCAAUUCCAUGGUGUUAUUUGAUCACAUGGGUUGUCUGAAGAGGUAUGAUUCAGUCCAAGACAUCCUCAAGGAGUUCUUUGAGCUCCGCUUGCACUACUACAAACUGAGGAAAGAUUGGUUACUGGGUAGCCUGGGCGCUGAUGCUGCCAAACUGUCCAACCAGGCCCGCUUUGUAUUGGAGAAGAUUGAAGGAAAAAUUUCAAUUGAGAACAAAUCCAAACGUGAACUCACCCGCAUGUUAGUGCAGAAGGGUUAUGAAUCUGAUCCUGUUGCUGCUUGGACCAAGGCUCAAGAAAAGACCCAGGAAGAAGACUACCCUGAUGGAAAUGAGAGCGACAGCUCAAUUGACUCCAGUUCCUCAUUGGGUCCAAACUUCAAUUAUAUCCUUAACAUGCCCCUGUGGUGCCUGACAAAAGAAAAGGUGGAGGAGCUGCUGAAACAAAGAGAUCAAAAGAGAAGUGAACUUAAUGAUCUGCAGAAGAAAUCUUCAGACGAUCUGUGGAAGGAAGACCUGACGGUCUUUAUUGAUGAGCUGGAUAAAGUGGAGGCUCUGGAGAGAGAGGAGCAGAGCUUAGGAAAGGCCAUCAAACUGGUAAAGGGUAAAGUGGGCAAACCUAAAGUGAAGAAGAUGAAUCUUGAGGAGACAAUGCCUUCACCGUUUGGCCGUCGAGUCGACCCUCCAACUCAACCAAUAAAAUCAGAUGCAGCCAAAAAAUUGACCAAAAAGAAGAAGGGUGACUUGGACACAGCAGUCAAGUUGGAGUUUGAUGAUGAUGGUUUGGUUGGUGAAGUGGGAACUGGAGAAAAUUCUUUAACCAAACCUAAAGCUCCCAGAAUCAAGAAGGAGAAGAAGGAACCUGCAGUUCCCAGAGUCAGAAAGCCUCCUGCUCCCAAAGGUGUUUCUGCAAAAAAGGUGAAGAAGAGAAACCCCUGGUCUGAUGAUGAGUCCAAGUCUGACAGUGAUUUGGAGAACAGUGAAACCAUCAUUCCAAGAGAGACAAAGUCUCAGAGGGCAUCAGCUUCCAAGCCAAAGUACACAUUUGACUUUUCUGAGGAAGAAGAGGCAGAUGAGGAGGAAAAUGGAGAUGAUGAUGCGGCACCUUCGGCAGUGAGGUCGUUCAAAGAUGAGUUUGGUUUCUCUGACACCAAGGAGAAUUACAACGACCAUAAUGACGAGGAUGAAAACGAUAACAAUGAAGACACUUACUGUUUACCCAAACAAAAUACUAAGUCUACUCCUGUCGCUAAAAAGAAAGACAUAACCAGCAUCUUUUCAUCAAAGUCAACCCUAUGUGAAAAGACAAAUGAUAGCGAUGGGUCCAAGUCUGACAGUGAUGACAACAACCCUAUGUUUUCCACUCACGCCAGCAGCUCAACAUUUGACAAACUUUCGUCCACAAAAAAAGCAGCUAAGACGCCCUUUGAUGCCGCUGCCAAACCUAAAAAACUACCAGCAGCGAAAGCAAAGAAACCAGAUAAAUCAAUCUGGGACUCUGACUCCGACACUGGAUCAAAGAUGUUAGCAGCAGCUCUCAAAGGUAAAAGCAGGGGAAGAAAGAGGAAAGGUUCAGGAUCUGAAGAUGAAUACAGUCCAAUGAAGAAAACAGUAAAACCUGUUGGCAAAAAACCUCAGAAAACCCAGUCGGAUGACGAGGACAACAGCCUGAGUGCCACGACUGCUCAGUCUCGUGACAGGCCUGGUCGUUCCAAGAAGAAAGUCAAAUACUUCCACGAGUCGGACAAUGAGGAAGACAAGGAAGUUGAUGACGACAUGUUUGAUUAAAGCAACUUUAAUUUUGGGAUGCAUUUUGCUUGUAUGGAAGUUUCCCUCUGUAUUCCAGCAGAUUUUUGUACAUUUCCCAUUUCAUUUUUAUUUCUUUUCAUUAAUGGUGGUGUCUAAUGAUUUUUAAUGUGUAGGUGUUUUACACUUUCUAUUAUAAUACAUGAGCGGGAUUUUUUUUAUGCUCAUUGAAAUGUUAUGUAUUUGUCUGAAGCAGCUUUUAGAAAUUUAGAGCGCUGUUAUUUAGCACAUUUUAAUUGUUAAGAUACAAUGUAACUUUUUGAACAUGAAGUUGAAAGUAAACAAUGAAAUAUCCAUUUGUUUACUGGCCUGACUUUAUAUUUAUCCGCCUUUCCAAGGUGUACCUCACCUCUCCAAAUGACAACUGGACAGGCUCUUCACAACCCUUAGUUUGAAUAAAUGGGUGCAGAACAUAGCUGGAUGAAGAGAGAAUUUUGUUUAUCUUUUUAUUUUUAGUAUUCGGAAGUUCAAGUGGUCUGGGGAAAAUUCUACUUCAAAGAAAGUCA